CCGGGGAGUGCUGUCUGCUGUGCAGAAGUGAACGCAAAGACUCCUCCUCAGACAGCGGGAUACAGACUGCCAGCCGACUGGCCCUGUCCAUGCCUCCCAAGGGCAACAGUGUGCUGCACCUGCCGCUCUGGGUGUGCCCAGACUGCCGGAGGACCGUGGAGAAGGAGGAGCGGCCCGGUGGCCCUGAGCAGCCGGCGGGCCAAGAUUUUCUUCUUCAUUCCCAGCUGGGUGCUUCCCAGGCUGAGGCUGGUGGCGGGCGGCUGGCCCUGGGUGCACAGACGCUGUCCUCAGCAGGACUGGGCACAGCUCCCUCGGACGCACCGUGCUCCUGCGAGGCAUGCAGUGAGCGCAGGGACAUUUCCUCGGAGACGGACCGGGAGCCCCAGCAGCUGCAGAAUUACUGGUCGGAAGUGCGCUACACGGUGCGCUGCAUCUACCGGCAGGCGGGCACCCCGCUGGCAGACGACCAGGACCAGUCCUUGGUCCCCGACAAGGAGGGCGUGAAGGAGCUUGUGGACAGGCUCUGUGAGCGGGACCCCUACCAGCUGUACCAGCGCCUGGAGCAGCAGGCCCGGGAGUACGUUCUGGAGGUGAAGGUCCGUCUGCUGCGGCAGCUGUCCACCGCAGCCAAGGCCAAGGUGCCUGCAGGUCUGCAGGGCCCACCGCAGGCACACCACUUCAUCUCCGUCCUGCUCGAGGAGUACGGCGCCCUCUGCCAGGCGGCACGCUGCAUCAGCACCUUCCUCAGCACGCUGGAAAAUGAACAUUUGAGAAAGUUCCAGGUGACCUGGGAACUGCAUAAUAAGCACCUAUUUGAGAAUCUCAUCUUCUCGGAGCCACUCGUGCAGAACAGCUUGCCGGCGCUGCUGUCACAGAUCAGGUUAGGAAGCACCACGCACGACACGUGCCGUGAGGACACGUACGGCACCUUGCUGCAGAGGUACCAGCGCUCCGAGGAGGAGCUGCGCAGGGUGGCCGAGGAGUGGCUGGAGUGCCAGAAGAGGAUCGAUGCUUACGUGGACGAGCAGAUGACAAUGAAAACCAAACAGCGCAUGUUAACAGAAGACUGGGAGCUUUUUAAACAAAGAAGGUUCCUCGAAGAACAGUUGACCAGUAAGAAAGCCGCUGCUGGUGAGAACCACUUCCCAGACACCGUGAGGCACGUGCUUUCCUCACGCCUGAGCAUGCCCGACUGCCCCAACUGCAACUACCGGCGGAGAUGUGCCUGUGACGACUGUAGCCUCUCCCACAUCCUCACUUGUGGCAUCACCGACGACAUGCACCAGCUCCCGCUGCACGUGGACGCCGCCCCCGACGGGGUCCCUGAGAUGCGCCCACCUAGCGUGUCAUCAGCCAGCUCGGGCUCGGGCUCCAGCUCUCCCAUCACAAUCCAGCAGCACCCCAAACUCAUCCUCACAGGCAGUGGCUCCACACCAGCUUUUGAUGAUGAAGAAGUGGCCCCGCCCUCGGCCAAGUUUGCUGAUAUCUACCCCCUGAGCAACUACGAUGCUGCUGAGGUGGUGGCUGGCAUGAAUGGAAUCCACAGUGAACUGAACGGUGGUGGCGAGAACAUGGCCCUGAAAGGCGAGUCCCCUCAGGUCAGCAGUGCCAGCAGCAGCUCCUCAGACGCUGAUGAUGACGAGGCGGACGGCGAGAGUAGCGGGGAGCCGCCCGGGGCCCCGCAGGCAGAGGGAGCGCUGGGCGAGCAGGAGCGGCCCGCCGAGAGCCCGCCCCCGUCGUACCCAGCUCAGCAGGCUGAGCAAGCUGCAAACACCUGUGAAUGCCAUGUUUGUAAACAGGAAGCUUCUGGCCUGCCAGCAUCAGCCAUGACUGCUGGAGCCCUCCCUCCUGGCCAUCAGUUCCUGAGCCCAGAGAAGCCUGCCCACCCUGCCUUGCACCUGUACCCCCAUAUCCACGGACAUGUGCCUCUGCACACCAUGCCGCACCUGCCUCGCCCACUCAUCCAUCCCACCUUGUACGCAGCGCCCCCCUUCACACACAGUAAGGCUUUACCGCCAGCACCUGUUCAGAAUCACACAAAUAACCCUCAGGUAUUCAGUGCAUCUCUUCAAGACCACAUUUACCCGAGCCGUUUUGGGACUGCUCCGGAGUGGAAUAGUUCUAAAAUGAUAAGUCUUUGGGGAUCAGAAGUGAUGAAUGAUAAGAACUGGAACCCUGGCGCUUUCUUGCCAGAUACAAUUUCUGGGGGGGACGUGUCAGGACCAGCACUCUCAGAGACUCGGGCUGAAGCCCUCCCACCUCCAUCUAACAGCGAGGAUAGUAAAGAAAGGAAAAAUGCAGCGAAGAAGAAGUGUCUGUAUAAUUUCCAAGAUGCUUUCCUAGAAGCAGACAAGGUCGUGAUGGCCACCUCAUCAGCCACAUCCUCUGUGUCAUGCACGGCCACCACGGUGCAGUCGAGCAACAGCCAGUUCAAGGUGUCGUCCAAGAGACCACCUUCCCUAGGUGACGUCUUUCACGGCAUCAACAAGGAGGGCCCCCGGCCCCUGGCCCCGGCCGCACCCAGGAGCAGCCCCACAGGCGUGGCGCCGCUGCCCGCCCUCGCACCCGCUGCCCUCACACCUGCCUCCGCACCUCAUCUUGCCAACCUCACAGCCCCAUCAUUUCCCAAAACCGCUACCACAGCCCCUGGAUUUACAGACACACGCAAGAGCUUCUGCCCUCCUGUGGCCCCCCCGGCCCCCCCCACAGACGGCUCCGUCAGCGCCCCUCCCAGUGUCUGCAGCGACCCCGACUGUGAAGGGCACCGCUGUGAGAACGGCGUCUACGACCCGCAGCAGGACGAGGGGGACGAGAGCGGGGACGAGGACAGCUGCUCCGAGCACAGCUCCGGCACCUCCACCUCCACCAACCAGAAGGACGGCAAGUACUGUGACUGCUGCUACUGCGAGUUCUUCGGGCACGGCGGGCCUCCUGCCGCGCCCACAAGUAGGAACUAUGCAGAGAUGAGAGAGAAGCUUCGUUUGCGGCUUACCAAGAGGAAAGAAGAGCAGCCUAAGAAAACGGACCAGGGCUCGGAGAGGGAGAGCGUGGUGGACCACCGCAGGGUGGAGGACCUGCUGCAGUUCAUCAACAGCUCGGAGACCAAGCCUGUGAGCAGCACGCGGGCCGCCAAGCGUGCCCGGCACAAGCAGAGAAAGCUGGAGGAAAAAGCGCGCUUGGAGGCUGAGGCCAGGGCGCGGGAGCACCUGCACCUCCAAGGAGAGGCACGGCGGCAGGAGGAGGACGAGGAGGAGGAGGAGGAGGAGGAGGAGCACUUCAAGGAGGACUGUCAGCGGCUUCAGGAGCUUCAGAAGCUGCGAGCUGUGAAGAAGAAGAAAGAGCGUCCAAGCAAGGGCUGCCCCAAGUUGGACCUGCUCACUCGGCAUCUGCAGACGGCUGCGGGGCCCGUGCCCAGUGCCAACGGCGUCUACAACGGCGUGCCCGAGCCGGCUGAGGAAGCACACAGCAGCUCCCGCUCCCCCUGCAGACACGUGAGCCACACAGAGCCCAGGCUGAGCCCAGGAGCCGACGCGGACACUGUGGACGCCGCUGGCCCCGGGGGGACCUGUGGGCAGCAGCCCGAGCCGCUCUCUUUCUUCCUUGAUAUGGUGCAGCACCACAAGGAGGGCCACGGCAAGCAGAAACUGAAACCGCCCCCUAAAGCCGGCAGUGAGCCCGUCAGGAAGCCCGGGGAGCCCCCCAAGGCCACGGAGGGACAGCCCAGACCCCGGGCGCAGGCCCAGGCCGAGGCCAAGGCCAGGGUGGCUGACCCCACCCCAGUCACAGAGCAGAAAAAAGAGGAGAGGAAAGUCAACGUCAACAACAACAACAAAAAGCAGCCGAGCCAUGCCAAGGAGGAGAAGGUGCCCGCCGGCCCCGAGCCCCCGGCCCCCGGGGAGCCGCAGCAGGCCAGCAGGCUGGCACUGGCCGACUCGCCACAGCCCCGGGGCAAGAGCCGGAAGGGCAGGAAGAAGAAAGGGGAGCGAGCCGGCAGCUCCAUCGAUGACGUUUUUCUGCCCAAAGACAUCGACCUGGACAGUGUGGAGAUGGACGAGACGGAGCGGGAAGUGGAGUACUUCAAAAGGUUCUGCCUGGAUUCGGCUAGACAGACCCGACAGAGGCUGUCCAUCAACUGGUCCAACUUCAGCUUGAAGAAGGCCACCUUCGCGGCCCACUGACCAAGGAGCGCCAGGCGGAGAUGAAGGUGGGCCGGGCCAUGCUGCCCUGUGAGCCAAGCCCUAGUCAGCCGGCCUGGAGCCAGGGUGCUCGAGGAGCCGCCGCCCGGCCGCGUCGUUAGCUGUGUGCGUGUAGUCCGUGACACUUCCUUGACCGUAGCCCCGUGCUGUCAGAGUGCACCAGUAGCCCCGCCGAGUCCUCCUGCGCCUGGCUGUGGCCAAGACAAGUAUGCGCCACCCACGGGGCCGUCGCCUCUGCAUCCUGCCCUGUCCUGUCCUUGGUCCCUGCCCGCCAGGGGGUCGGCUGCCACCCAGCUCCCGUGAGCCCCUGCGCCCCCAGGCGGGUCUCCACUGUCCACUGUUUCUGAGUGUACACGUUGCGUGUCUGUGUCUGACCCUGCCCGUAGCCAGCUCGUGUGCGACCCUGCAGAGUGAGUGGAACACGAGAGACCGCCCAGCGCUCACACCGUCCAGUCCGUUCUAGUGUGCGGCUGUAUUAACACGGAGGCCUGCCUGGCUACUUUUUAACAUAUUGUUAAGUGAUAUUAAAAUCAUGUCUUUCUUUUUGAAAGAUGGAACAUAUGAGUACAGCAG